GCGCUUGUCAUAUGCCAGACUGCGAGACAACGUGGACCUGAAGUAACGUAAACGAAAGCUCCUUUUCUGCUCGGAUACAAGUGUGACGAAUGCACAACAAUACCAGUGCAUCUAGCAGGAAGCUGUAUCGUGCAUUUUAUUUACAGUAGCACUCACAAGUAAACAAGGCUACAGAUUUAAGCAGCGUUAGUUAGCUAGCUAGCUUUCCAGUGAGUGAGGUUUUUUGUUGCUGCACUUGGCGUGGUUUGAGAAGUAGUUAGCUUAGCCGCUGCUGCUGUUCGCUAGUGUUAGUAUAAAUUGUGGUGCAGGUCAAAGGAGUAGGAGGGUGAAAUCUUUUCAUUACAAUGACCGCAGAAGAGCAGACCAGUGAAGGACAGCACACCAUCCCAAUGGAGGGAGAGGACAUCACACUAAAGAAAGACGGGGGUGUUUUGAAGCUGGUCAAAAGGGAAGGCACAGGCACAGAGCUGCCUAUGACCGGUGACAAAGUGUUUGUUCAUUAUGUGGGCACACUUUUGGACGGUUCCCCUUUCGACUCGAGCAGAGACAGAGGAGAGAAGUUUUCCUUUGAGUUGGCCAAAGGUCAAGUAAUAAAAGCAUGGGACAUCGGCGUGGCCACAAUGAAAGUGGGGGAGUUGUGCCAGUUCAUCUGUAAGCCAGAGUAUGCUUAUGGAUCUGCAGGAAGUCCCCCAAAGAUACCACCCAAUGCCACUCUGGUUUUUGAGGUGGAGCUGUUUGACUUUCGAGGCGAGGACAUUACUGAGGGAGAGGAUGGAGGAAUUAUCCGUCGCAUUAUCACGAAAGGGGAGGGAUAUUCCAAGCCUAAUGAAGGAGCUUCUGUUGACGUAACUGUGGAGGGUUCCUAUGAGGGACGUGUUUUUGACGAGAGAGACAUGAAGUUUGAGAUUGGAGAUGGAGAAGGUCUCGGCCUGCCAGUUGGAGUGGAGAAAGCCAUCAUGGCGAUGGAGCAGGGAGAGGAGGCAAUCUUCCAUAUUAAGCCUAAAUAUGGCUUUGGGAGUGUUGGAAAUGCAAAGUAUAACAUUCCUGGCGACGCAAUGCUGCUAUACAAAAUAAAGCUGGCAGCCUUUGAGAAGGCUAAGGAAUCAUGGGAGAUGAACACAGUAGAGAAGCUGGAACAGAGCAGCAUUGUCAAAGAGAAGGGAACACAGUAUUUUAAGGAGGGGAAAUACAAGCAGGCGUCAGUGCAGUACAAACGGAUUGUAUCAUGGCUGGAAAAUGAAUCUGGUUUGUCAGAGGAGGACGAGAAGAAAGCAAAAGCUUUGCAACUGGCGGCAAAUCUGAAUCUGGCCAUGUGCUUCCUCAAACUACAGGAGUCAAACAAAGCCCUAGAAAACUGUGAAAAGGCCCUGGAGUUGGAUCCAUCUAAUGAGAAGGCUUUGUUCCGAAGGGGAGAGGCACUUUUCGGCAUGAAGGAGUUUGACAGGGCAAGAGAUGAUUUCCAGCAGGUUGUUCAACUUUAUCCUGCCAACAAAGCUGCCAAGAGCCAGGUGGUUCUUUGUCAAAAACGUAUCAAGGAGCAGCAUGAGAAGGACAAACGCAUCUACGCCAAUAUGUUCCAGAAAUUUGCAGAGAGAGAUUCAAAGAAAGAACAAGACGUGGGGAAGAUUAAGAGUACGGAGAACGGCAAUGAUGACAUGGAAGUUGAGGAUGGAGAAAAGGAAGUUGCGAUUGAAACAAAAGCAUAGAAGAUAAUGUGACUUCAUUGCUCACAUGUUCUUCAGUCUUUGUGUGUGUGUGUGUGUGUGUGUGUGUGUGUGUGUGUGUGUGUGUGUGUGUGUGUGUGUGUGUGUGUGUGUGUGUGUGUGUGUGUGUGUGUGUGUGUGUGUGUGUGUGUGUGUGU